GCCACAGGUCGCAGCAGCAGCAAGCAUGGACAUUACCAUCCAGCACCCCUGGUUCAAGCGUGCUCUGGGACCCCUCAUUCCAAGCCGUUUGUUUGACCAGUUUUUUGGAGAGGGUCUCCUUGAGUAUGAUCUCCUGCCUUUGUUCUCUUCCACUAUCAGCCCCUACUACAGGCAGUCCCUCUUCCGCAGCGUGCUGGAGUCGGGCAUUUCAGAGGUGAGGUCUGACCGGGACAAGUUUACAAUCAUGCUGGAUGUAAAACACUUCUCUCCCGAAGACCUGAGUGUGAAGAUUAUCGAUGACUUUGUGGAAAUCCAUGGCAAGCACAGUGAAAGACAGGACGACCACGGCUACAUCUCCCGUGAAUUUCACCGCCGGUACCGUCUGCCUGCCAAUGUGGACCAGGCUGCCAUCACCUGCUCCCUAUCCAAUGACGGCAUGCUGACCUUCUCAGGCCCCAAGGUCCCCUCCAACAUGGACGCCGGCCACAGCGAGCGGCCCAUCCCCGUGUCCCGGGAGGAGAAGCCCACCUCUGCGCCUUCCUCCUAAGCCCGCCUGCUGCUGCAGUAUGUGGGCUGCCACCGUCUGCAGGUCUCAUUCCCAGAGCCAUUGCAUAGAUAUCACUGA